AUGACUAGUUAUGUGGAUGGGAUAUCGCGUAAUUCGUCUGCGCCUACGAGCUUAUGGGAGUUUGGCCACUUUCAGCCUGGUGAUUGGCUGGACCAAAAUGCUUCUCCGGAGUAUCCCGAAAAAGCUCUCACAGAUAAUUACCCCGUCGCCAACCCCUUUCUCAUCAAGACCCUCUAA